AUGAGAAACACCCCACCAGCCACAAGCAAGCAGAUGACCUCUGCCAAGCAGAAGAUCCAUAAAUGGCCAGAGUGGGAGAAGACUUUCUGCUGGAAUAAUAGCGCGAGACACCAUCAGAGAAUCUACGUUUGGAAAAUGACUCUGCAAUGUCCCUAUUGCAAGAAGACCUUCAACAUCAGCAUCUUAGUCUGUCGCCAAAGGACUUGUCAGAGUGAGAGACCCUACAAGUGUCCCAAGUGUGGGAAGUGCUUCAGCUGUGAGUUGAGUCCUUCCAGGUAUCGGUUGACCCACACUGGAGAAAAACAUUUUUCCUGCUCCCAUUGUGGGGAAAGCAUUUUUGAGAAGCAUAAAGUCAUGGUUCACUGA